AACAAGUCUCUCAUUAGAUUCAUUCAUGCCUCAAGGGUUCAAAAUUUUUACUUCCUUUUUUUCAGGAUAAAUUUCAAGAUUGAUAUUUUUCAAUCUUUCAUGCAUGCAACUCAUUUUAUCUCUCUGUUCAUUUUAUGUCAAUGUAAUAGAAAGGCUGCAGUAAUUAACCUGAUUCCAGGAAUCCAUUUGCAGAGUAGAUGUAUGUUAUGAUCACAACAUGAAUGGUGGCUUUGAUUCCCCUCCUAAGAAAGGCUCAUCUUCGGGAAGAAUGUCUGGUGACCCUGGUUUUCGCAAAUCCAAGAAUUCUUCUGACAGAGAUUUUGAAUUCGAUAUGUUAGCUCAUGCUUCACAUGGCAAGACUGAAGGGUCUGGAUUAUACGGAGCGGUUUUUAAUCUCACAACUACAGUCAUAGGGGCAGGAAUUAUGGCCUUACCUGCAACUAUGAAAAUUAUGGGUAUAAUCACAGGAACAAUUAUGAUUGUGGUGAUGGGGAUUCUGGCAGAAGUUAGUAUCGAAUUGUUUGUUAGAUACUCAGUUGAAAGUAAAGCUGAUUCUUAUGGGGAGGCUGUUCAAAAUGCAUUGGGAAAGAAUGCAAAGAUUUUGUCUGAAAUUUGUAUUAUUAUCAACAAUGCUGGUAUCUUGGUAGUUUAUUUGAUUAUAAUGGGUGAUGUUAUGUCUGGUUCCUGGCAACAUGCUGGAGUUUUCGAUCAAUGGUGGGGGCACGGCUUUUGGGAUCACAGAAAGCUGUUGAUUUUGCUGGUGCUUAUCAUUUUUCUGGCACCACUUUGUGCUUUGGAUAGAAUAGAUUCUUUAAGCCUGACUUCAGCUGCUUCAGUAGUUCUUGCAGUUGUCUUUAUUGUGGUUGCUUUUGUUGUCGCAUUUGUUAAGUUCUUACAAGGGACUCUUGACUCUCCAAGAUGGGUCCCUGAUUUGAGUUCCACACAGGCAAUUAUGGAUUUGCUGGUGGUAAUUCCUAUCAUGACAAACGCUUAUGUGUCUCAUUUCAAUGUUCCGCCUAUUUAUAAUGAGCUGGAAGGGAAAUCACCGGAGAAAAUGAAUCGGGUGGGGAGGAUCACAACUGUACUUUGUAUAUUCCUUUAUGCCUCAACUGCAAUUUCAGCUUAUUUGAUCUUUGCAAACGAUACUGAAUCUGAUGUGCUGACAAAUUUUGAUAAAGACCUCGGGGUUCCUUACAGCACAGGCCUAAACUAUUUUGUCCGCAUUUCUUACAUUAUUCAUCUGAUCCUUGUUUUUCCUGUUAUCCAUUUCUCCCUAAGACAAACAGUGGAUACCUUGUUGUUUGAGGGAGCCCCUCCGCUUACUGAGAGUAGGCAAAGGUGUCUCGCCUUGACUGGCGGCCUUCUGUUGAUUCUAUACGUCGGUUCUACUACAAUUCCAAACAUCUGGACAGCUUUCAAGUUCACAGGAGCAACCACAGCCGUUUCAUUAGGUUUUACAUUUCCUUCACUCAUCGCUUUGAAAUUAAGCAAGCAAGGCACUCGUUUGAGCCCUGGCGAGAGAUUCAUGUCUUGGUUCAUGCUGAUAUUUGCGAUCAUGAUCAGCAUUGUUGGACUGAUUGGUAAUGCAUAUAACACCAGCAAAGACUAGACUAGUUCCGCGAGAAUUUCAGUUGGUACAUAGUUACUUAAUCCUGUGUACAGUUUGUUUAAGGUUGCAGCACCUGUUGGCUCUGCGAAAAUUGCAAGACAGAACCAACAGUGUCUACAUUCCUAAAGCAA